AUGUCGGAUGCCGACGAGCAAAUGGAGGUGGUCGAAGACCAAAACAUCGAGGACGCCGUACUGGAAAACGCCAGCGACGGAGAAAACGAAGAAGGGACGGAAAACAAGGAUAAGGCUCAGGUCUACUUACCCGGGCGCAAGUUGUCCGAGGACGAGGAGCUUGUUUGCGAUGAAUCCGCCUACAUAAUGUUGCACCAGGCUCACACAGGGGCACCUUGCCUCAGCUUCGACAUCAUAGCAGAUCCGCUUGGCGAGGAUCGAGAGGUGUUCCCACUGACGUCAUACCUCGUAGCCGGUACGCAGGCGGCACGCACGCACGUCAACAACGUGAUCGUGAUGAAGAUGUCCAACCUCACGCGCACGUCGAAGGAAAAUGACGAAGAAUCCGACGAGGAGCUGAGUGACGACGAGGACGUGGGCGACGAGAAAUCGCCGGUGUUGAGCUGCGUGAUGAUAAAGCAUCCCGGUUGCGUGAACCGGCUUCGAGUGACCACCUUCGGUACCUCGCAGUUCGUGGCGUCUUGGAGUGAGAUGGGUCGGGUGCACAUCUACAACAUCAACGAGCAGCUAGCGGCGAUCGAUGAUAGCAAGGCGCGCAAAACGUACCAGCAGAACAAGGUUGGCGACGGUAUUAAGCCAGAUUAUACGUUCUCUGGUCACCAGAAGGAGGGAUUCGCCAUUGAUUGGUGCCCGACAACACGUGGCAUGCUGGCCACUGGGGAUUGCCGGCGAGACAUACACAUCUGGCGACCGAACGAUAACGGCUCGUGGAACGUAGAUCAGCGACCACUCGUAGGACACACGGAUUCCGUCGAAGACAUCCAGUGGAGCCCGAACGAGGCGAACGUGCUUGCCUCGUGUUCGGUGGACAAAUCGAUACGCAUCUGGGACUGCCGAGCGGCCCCGUCCAAAGCGUGUAUGCUAACGGUGGAAAAAGCGCACGAGAGUGACGUGAAUGUGAUUAGCUGGAACCGGAACGAACCGCUCAUCGCCAGUGGUGGAGACGAUGGUGUGUUGCAAAUUUGGGAUCUACGCCAGUUCCAGUCGAAAACUCCGGUGGCGACAUUCAAACACCACACCGAUCACAUAACGACCGUUGAGUGGCACCCGAAGGAAUCCACCAUUCUAGCAUCGGGCGGGGACGACGAUCAGAUCGCAUUGUGGGAUCUAUCCGUUGAGAAAGACGACGUGGACGAUGCGAACGAUGACCCGAGUCUGAAGGACCUGCCGCCGCAGCUACUGUUCAUUCACCAGGGCCAGAAGGAGAUCAAGGAACUGCACUGGCACCCACAGCUAAAGGGUGUGAUACUAUCGACGGCACACAGCGGGUUCAAUAUUUUCCGCACGAUUAGCGUUUAAGCAAGGAAUACAGAAAA